CAGACCCUGGGAAUCCAGUGUCGCAAAAUAAACACCCCCGCUCCGCUAAUCGCCGGCUCGGAAACAAAACAGCGCUGCGUUGGGGGAUCUGGGCAAAAUCAGCCCUCCCUCCUCCCGCUCCUUCGCCGCCGCCCUCUCCUCCUCGCGCUGCUGGCUCGCUCUGCUCAGCUCAGCGCAGCGCAGCUCGGCAGCCGCCAAACCGAGGCGGGCACAGUCUCCGAGUCGCCAGAGCUGCUCAGAGCUCCUUUCCUCCGCCUGGGCUCUUCCAGGUAUCGCUUCUGCCGGGACCACUUCAGGCAGCAGUCGCUUGGUGAGAGCCGGCGACACAGCACAAAGUUGGGGACCCGCGAGGAUGAGGCUGCCUCCUGCGCCCCUGAGGCUAAGCUGGAGUCCGGCGCUGCUGGCCCUGGCUCUGCCCCUGGCCUUGGCGCUGGCCUUCUCCGACGAGACCCUGGACAAAGUGGCCAAGUCGGAGGGCUACUGCAGCCGCAUCUUGCGUGCCCAGGGCACACGGCGCGAGGGCUACACCGAGUUCAGCCUCCGCGUGGAGGGUGACCCCGACUUCUACAAGCCAGGAAGCAGCUACCGCGUGACACUUUCAGCUGCUCCCCCCUCCUACUUCAGAGGCUUCACAUUGAUUGCCCUCAAAGAGAACAGAGAAGGUGAUAAGGAAGAGGACCAUGCUGGCACCUUCCAGAUCAUAGAUGAAGAAGAAACCCAAUUUAUGAGUAACUGCCCAGUUGCAGUCACCGAAAGCACCCCACGGAGGAGGACACGAAUCCAGGUGUUUUGGAUAGCACCACCAGCAGGAACAGGCUGUGUGAUUCUAAAGGCCAGCAUCGUACAGAAACGCAUCAUUUAUUUUCAAGAUGAAGGUUCUCUCACCAAGAAACUUUGUGAACAAGAUUCCACAUUUGAUGGGGUGACUGACAAGCCAAUCUUAGACUGCUGUGCCUGUGGAACUGCCAAGUACAGACUCACAUUCUAUGGAAAUUGGUCUGAGAAGACACAUCCAAAGGAUUACCCUCGUCGAGCCAAUCACUGGUCUGCGAUCAUUGGUGGAUCCCACUCCAAGAAUUACGUGCUUUGGGAAUAUGGAGGCUACGCCAGCGAAGGUGUCAAACAAGUUGCAGAGCUGGGCUCUCCCGUGAAGAUGGAGGAAGAAAUUCGACAACAGAGUGAUGAGGUCCUCACUGUCAUCAAAGCCAAAGCCCAGUGGCCAGCCUGGCAGCCUCUCAACGUGAGAGCAGCACCGUCAGCUGAAUUUUCAGUAGAUAGGACACGCCACUUAAUGUCCUUCCUGACCAUGAUGGGCCCUAGUCCCGACUGGAACGUGGGCUUAUCUGCAGAGGAUCUGUGCACCAAGGAAUGCGGCUGGGUCCAGAAGGUGGUGCAAGAUCUGAUUCCCUGGGACGCCGGCACUGACAGCGGGGUGACCUAUGAGUCACCAAACAAACCCACAAUUCCACAGGAGAAAAUCCGGCCCCUGACCAGUCUGGACCAUCCUCAGAGUCCUUUCUACGACCCAGAGGGAGGGUCCAUCACUCAAGUAGCCAGAGUUGUUAUUGAGAGAAUCGCUCGGAAGGGGGAACAAUGCAAUAUUGUGCCUGAUAAUGUUGACGAUAUUGUAGCAGACCUGGCUCCAGAAGAGAAAGAUGAAGAUGAUACUCCUGAAACCUGCAUCUACUCCAACUGGUCCCCGUGGUCCGCCUGCAGCUCCUCCACCUGUGACAAAGGCAAGAGGAUGCGGCAGCGAAUGUUGAAGGCACAGCUGGACCUCAGUGUCCCCUGCCCUGACACCCAGGACUUCCAGCCCUGCAUGGGCCCGGGCUGCAGUGAUGAAGAUGGCUCCACUUGCACCAUGUCCGAGUGGAUCACCUGGUCCCCCUGCAGCAUCUCCUGUGGCAUGGGCAUGCGGUCCCGAGAGAGGUAUGUGAAGCAGUUUCCAGAGGACGGCUCUGUGUGCACACUGCCCACCGAGGAGACAGAGAAGUGCACAGUCAACGAGGAGUGCUCUCCCAGCAGUUGCCUGAUGACCGAGUGGGGUGAAUGGGAUGAGUGCAGUGCCACCUGUGGGAUGGGCAUGAAGAAGCGGCACCGCAUGGUCAAGAUGAGCCCAGCAGAUGGCUCCAUGUGCAAGGCUGAGACAUCCCAAGUGGAGAAAUGCAUGAUGCCCGAGUGCCACACCAUCCCAUGCCUGUUGUCUCCAUGGUCUGAGUGGAGUGACUGCAGCGUGACCUGUGGGAAGGGCAUGCGGACCCGCCAGCGGAUGCUCAAAUCUCUUGCGGAACUUGGAGACUGCAACGAGGAACUGGAGCAGGUGGAGAAGUGCAUGCUGCCAGAGUGCCCCAUUGAUUGUGAACUCACUGAGUGGUCCCAGUGGUCAGAAUGUAACAAGUCAUGUGGGAAAGGCCACAUGAUUCGAACCCGGAUGAUCCAAAUGGAACCUCAGUUUGGAGGCGCACCUUGCCCAGAAACUAUACAGCGAAAGAAGUGCCGCAUCCGGAAAUGCAUUCGAAAUCCAUCCAUCCAGAAGCUGCGCUGGAGAGAGGCUCGAGAGAGCCGGAGGAGCGGGCAGCUGAGGGAAGAGUCUGACGGGGAGCAGUUUCCAGGCUGUAGGAUGCGCCCAUGGACAGCCUGGUCAGAAUGCACCAAACUGUGUGGAGGUGGGAUUCAAGAACGCUACAUGACUGUGAAGAAGAGGUUCAAAAGCUCCCAGUUUACCAGCUGCAAAGACAAGAAGGAGAUCAGAGCAUGCAACGUUCACCCUUGUUAGCAGGGAUACAAGUUUCCCAGGGCUGCACUCGAGAUUCCAGAGUCACCAAUGGUUGGACUGUUUGCUUGUUUAGUUUUCAUUUUUGCAGUGUUGUUUGCCCAAUAGUCUUGUGGAUACCAGGGAUGUCCUUUGUGGAUACUUUUUGGUGGGUACAGGCCAUGUGGGGCUCCCUCAAUUAUGUUUGGCCCUCUUCCUACAGAGAAAUUAGUGUCAGUUGCCUUGUACUAAACUGAAGCAUGUUCCUCUGGAGCAUCCACCUGGCCAGGCAGGACAGAGACCCUGGCCUCCUCCACAUGGAGGGGGAACUGUGUCUGGAAAUGACUGUGUGCCUGGGUGCCAGGGUGCAGCAAGUAGUAAACACACCUGUCAGAUGAAAAGAACAGAUUCCCCUCUUUCUUAUCUUUGACCUGUUCAUUCUUGCAGAAAACUUCCAUUUGCCUAUCUCUCUUCAUUUAGUGGAACUUUAAGUCUCUUGUUAAGUCUACUCAGUCAUUAUAAGUUCUUGGGGGAAAAUGGUCCGAAGGAGAACUGAUAUGAGUAGCUUUUAUUCAUACACUAAGAAACUCUAUGUACAUUUACCUUGCCUCCUAAUAUUGGCUCCUGAUACCCCA